AUGAUCAAAUCAAGGCUACCGGGCGGGACCAGCAAAGCAGCUUGCCGCGUUCGUUCGAGCGGACACGUGAGGCUUCGAAGCUCUUCUGACGAGAGCAACUCCGAGGGAGAGCCCUGGGGCUGGAGCGCCGAUCAGUCUGGGAGAGAAGGAGACGACCGUGGUGGGGCUGGCGGUCCCUGGGACGAUUCUUCUCAAGACAAGUGGGAGGCUCUCUACGCCGAGGGGGAGAAGGAGAAGCAGAGUUCCACCUUCCUCAGCGCAAUGGCGGACUGGGGCAAAGGCGGAGUGCUGGGCGCGGUGGACGUGGAGUACACUCAGCCCGUGGAGGUAGUCUCCUUCGACCUUGACGACACGUUGUGGCCAACAAUGACGGUGAUCAGCCAGGCCAACGCGGCGCUGCAGGAGCACCUGUCCCGCGAGCACCCAGACCUGGCCGAGAAGUACGUGAUUGCUGAUCUCAUGAAGGAGAUCUGGAAGGAAAAGCUUGUGAAGAACCCGGAACUGGAUCCAGCCCCGGUGAACCUCACCGGGCUGCGGAAGGCCGGCCUCGCCCGGGCCUGCGAGCUGGCGGGGAUCGCCGACCCUACCCCGGUGGUGGAGUCGUGCUUCGAGGUCUGGCGACGGGCGAGGCACGACGUGGAGCGCCACCUCUUCCCAGGGGUGUUGGACACCUUGAGGGAGCUGAAGGGACGGGGAGUGAGGUUGGUGGCCAUCACGAACGGAAACGCUCAGACGGACGACAUCCCGUGCCUCAAGGACCUAUUCGAGUUCUGCGUCCUUGCCGAACAGGUGGGAGAGCGCAAGCCCCAGCCGGGACCUUUCCGAGCGGCCGUGAAGAAGGCGGGUUACCCCUCCGAGUUUGCCGUGGGAGGGGAAUGGGUGCACGUCGGGGACGAUUGGGCGUCGGAUUGCGUGGGUGGCAAGAAAAUGCGUAUGAGGACCGUUUUGGUACGGGUGCCAGGAAAGCCCGCGGUGGGGUCAGGUCCCGAUGAGGCGGAGGAGGAGAAGGACGUGGACGGGGAGGAGGAGGACAACACACUCGACGGCAUGGGUAUCGACGAUGUCGACGACGACGACGAUUUCCCUACCCUUGAGGACGGAACCAUGCCGCCCGAUGAAAGCCCUGAAGGCAAGGCCCAGCGGCGGCGGCUAGAGCAAGAGAAGGCAAGGAGGAGGGCCGAGAAGCUCGGGAUUCUGCUGGACAGCGACUUCGAGAUGGCCGCGGGGACCGCGGCGGCGAACAGCGGCGACGGGAAAACCGUCAAGUCUUCCUCAGCUUCUCGUGCCGGGGACGCCGCUUCUCCUCCUCGCGAAGAGGAGGGCGAGAGAAAUAGGGAACAAAGAAGGAGGGAAGAGGAGGAGGAGGAGGAGAAGAAGGCGAGGGAGGAGCUGAAGAACAGAAAGCUGUACGCUCGGGAGAUGUCGGCGAUUGCGAUGGGGCACCCGGAGGUCGCGCAGGGGCCCGGGAAGAUGAUGAGCAUGGGGAGCUCGUCGUACGUGAUAGAUAUGCUCAUGAACGAUUUCAUGGACGCGUCGCUCGACAACAUCGCGGAACUGGUCGGGCUCGUCGACCAGUGGAACAACAAGAUUCCCGUGCCUGGCCCGGACGGGCAGGAUGAUGCUGCCGCGGCGGCGGCGGUGGCUGCGAUCGAAGCAGGGCGCGGUGGCGGUGGUGCUGGGGGAAGGGGAUCGCCUGUAAGUAUCGGCAGCAGCAGAAGAAGUGGAGGCGAGAAGUUCUGCACCGAGUGCGGCGCCAAGAUACCCGCGUCGGCCAAAUUUUGCUCGGAGUGCGGGGCAAAGCAAGAAGAAACCGUCCCCGCGGCCUGAGAAGGGCACGCGGUCUAGAGGGAGAGACAGGGGGGGGGAAGGGGGGGGGGAGAGAGAUAGAGUACUUGCAUNGGUGGUGCUGGGGGAAGGGGAUCGCCUGUAAGUAUCGGCAGCAGCAGAAGAAGUGGAGGCGAGAAGUUCUGCACCGAGUGCGGCGCCAAGAUACCCGCGUCGGCCAAAUUUUGCUCGGAGUGCGGGGCAAAGCAAGAAGAAACCGUCCCCGCGGCCUGAGAAGGGCACGCGGUCUAGAGGGAGAGACAGGGGGGGGGAAGGGGGGGGAGAGAGAGAUAGAGUACUUGCAUUCUUGUUUUCUAAUGGUGUACAGGUGUUUUUGUGGAUAUUUUCAUGGGUCUGUGCAUCGCUUGUACGCGCCCCGUCCCCUCGUUUUCAUGUGUGAUUCACCCGACGGCAUCGACAACGGAAAACCGCUGCUUGUCGACGGGCUGAAACGUCCCGGCAAAGAUGAUUCCGAUCGGUUGAUGGGACAUGGAGGCGUUGUGCGUGUAAGAACAACACGGCCUUGGUACAAACGCACCGGCUUCUUGAUCGUGCGUCGCGACAAGAGAGUUCAGGUUGCCGCACGCGUGCGUACAGGACGCUCGUUCUGUCUUGAAAGCCUGUUUCAUGAUCUCGGUUUCAGUUUCAGUCAUUCCGUGACACCACCACUACCAUCGUUCGUUUCCCAGAGAACAAUGCAUACAAACCCGUGGCUUUUUCAAGAAGAGCGAAAUCUGUGUUGCUUUC